AUGAAAAACGGAGAAAAAAAGAACAGCCAACUAACUGAAAACAAAAAAUGUAUUCUGGCUAUUGGGAGAUCAGGGAACGGAAAAAGUUUUACGGCAAAAAUUCUUGGAGCAGAUGAUGCGAUAGUAUCUGAUGGUGCAGAUUCAUGUACCAAAGGAACCAAGUUAUAUACUUGUGGAGAUAAUGGUUUCCUAUACAUUGAUACGCAGGGUUUUGAUGACUCCGAAGGAGUGAAGGGUGGCGAUGCUCAAACGGCUUUAUCGAUUCUCAAAACUAUGAAUGAAAAUGGUAUCACUAAACUACACACAAUUCUUUGGUUUGUUGUUCCUGAAACUCGUAAACUCGGAUCUUUAGUUCGUCAAGCAAAAUUCAUCGAAUCACUUGCCCAAUAUUAUGAUGGCAAUGUUUGGGAUAAUGUGAUUAUUGUUAUGAAAGGUCAAAAGUCAUCCAAAUCGGCUUCCCAAGGUCCAAUUGAAGCAGCAAAAGAAGUAUCAAAAAAAAACCACGAAAAUAAAGAUAUUAAGGUUUUUCAUAUUUAUUUAUAUGAAUAUCUUGAUACAGAAACAUACGAAGCUUUUGAUGAUGAUUCACUUAAUAAAAUGGGGAUUUUCAAAAAAACGGAACCAAAAAAAAUCUUAAAUCGGUAUAUUGAAUUAAUGAAAGGCCAUGAUCAACAUCUUGUUACAAUUCUAUUUAAGGAAGCAAAAUGCUUAAAAUGUCCAGAAGAGAAUGAUCCAAGAUUAACAAUUUCCAAUUGUCAUGGUGAAUCGGAAAGAAAACAUGAACAUCCUAAAAACGUUCAUCCUGGAAAUACUUAUAAAAAGCAUCCAUUUGGCCUUUCUGGUUACCAUCCAGGUAAAUUAGAAAAACAUCAUCCUGGUGGGAGAAUUAAAAAACAUAAAUUUAGUUCCGUUACACCAUGUCAUACUGGUCAAAAAAUUGAAUACCAUCCUAAUGAAAAUUCGGUGCAUCCAUUACCAGCAGUAGGACACCAGUAUGAAACUAAUGAUAAUAACGUACUUCCAGUAAUUGCAAGAGCUUUAACAUUUUCACUUGUUAAUCCACAGAGAACUGUUCAUACUCCAAAAAUUCAUGGAUGUUGUGGUUGGGGAGAAGGUUCAGAUGGCUGUUCUUAUGCUUGUUGUAAACAAUCAAAGGGCAGUAUUGGAUGUAGAGAAAAAUAUAAUUGUUGCAAUAAUUUUGAACCUUGUGUAAAAAAACAUGAUUGUUGUAAUCAGAUAGUAGGAGCAGACACUAAUGGAUGUGAAACAGUUUAUGAUUGUUGUCAACGAGAAGUUAACAGUGAAGGCUGCAGUGAUCGUUAUGAGUGUUGUAAACAAAUGACAAAGUGUAGGAAGAAAUAUGGUUGUUGUGGAGUUGAUUCUAAUAAUGGUAAUAACGGUUGUAAAGAUUAUUAUUCAUGUUGUGGCAUUGAAGUUGGCAACAAUAUUGGUUGUACACCUGUUUGCAAUGGUUGCUCUAAAGAUUUAAAUUCUCCCGGGUGUAUGGAAAUUUGUAAAUUUUGUCAUAAAGAUCCUCAAGAGGGAUCUUGUACAUCAAAUUUUUAUAAACAUGAUUUCGGACCUGAUGUUCCUGAACCAGUUAUCUGGUAA